GCUCUUAAAGAAUACCAAAUACGAAAACCGGGAGAGUUUCAAAGAUUACCCGGGGUUAUGGAAAAAUUCACCGAGGAGCAAUUGUUUUUCAUAUCAUUUGCUAACAUGUGGUGCUCCAACUACCAGAGCGAUGCCAUUGCGGACACCCUUCGGAAACAGCCGCACCCGCCGGAGUCGGUGAGAGUGAACGGAUCGUUAGCCAACUUUGACAGGUUUGCCGAAGCGUUUCACUGCAAACCGGGAUCUAAAAUGUUUAGAAAACCAGAAGAGAGAUGUAUUCUCUGGUGAAUACAAUUAUGACUUUAAAUAGAGAGAGAAAAAAGCAAAGAUAGAGUGAAAAGAGUGAGAUAGAGACUUACGGACGGGU